GUCUCGUGCUGCACGCUACCAAUCUCAAUCCAACAAGUAUAGUUAGCAGUUGCUGGUAUCCUUCACUAACAGAAAACCUUCCUUUCCUUAAUCUCACAGAAUCACACAGUCGUUCUGUUCGUACCGUUAUGGCUCUUCCUUCAAUAUCUUUUCUCUUCAUCUUCACCUCCUUCAUCUUCUCCGUCUCACACUCACUACCCUUCAUUGUAAUUCACGGAAUUGGGGAUCAGUGCUCUAAUCGAGGAUUGAAAAGAUUCACUGAGGAAUUGAGCAGCUUUUCUGGAGUUGAAGGAUAUUGCGUCGAGAUUGGCAAUGGAUCAUGGGAUUCAUGGUUUGUGUCUUUGAAAGAGCAGGCUGAUAUUGUUUGUGAAAAGGUGAAGAAAAUGAAAGAAUUGAAGGAAGGGUACAACAUUGUUGGACUUUCCCAGGGAAAUUUAAUUGGUCGAGGUGUUGUGGAAUAUUGUGAAGGAGGACCUCCCGUGAAAAACUUCGUCUCUUUAGGAGGACCUCAUGCUGGUACUGCUUCAGUUCCCCUAUGUGGUUCAGGUAUCUUUUGUAUUCUCGCGGACCAACUUAUCAAGGGAGAGGUUUACAGUAGCUAUAUUCAAGAACACUUGGCUCCUAGUGGCUAUCUUAAAUUACCGAAUGCCAUACCUGAAUAUUUGGAGAACUGUAGAUUUCUUCCAGUGCUUAACAAUGAAAUACCAGACAAGAGAAAUUCCACUUACAAGGAGAGAUUCAGUAGCUUGCAGAAUUUGGUACUUAUCAUGUUUGAGCACGACACUGUUUUAAUACCAAAGGAAACUUCCUGGUUUGGAUAUUACCCAGAUGGCUACUUCAACCCGAUUUUACCUCCACAAUCAACACAACUCUACAUUGAGGAUUGGAUAGGCUUAAGAACUCUAGAUGAAGCUGGUAAACUUCACUUCGUAAGUGUUCCAGGAAAGCAUCUUGGAAUCUCCGAAGCAGAUAUGAAAAAAUAUGUAGUUCCAUAUUUGAAGGAUCAAACAUCCCACCAAGAACAUAGCAUCAAUAAAGCAAGGUUAAGAAUGCGAGGAGUUAAUCAGAAAGUUAUUCAGAGCAACACGAUGGAGGUAGAACCAUCAACCACUCCAUUACUUGAUGGAUCAUUGUCAUAUUCGUGGCCUGCACCAUUCAAGGCUUUCAUUGGUGAAUUGAUUGGCAUUAAUGUAGAUGAAUCUACAUGAAGGAAACAAUCGCAUUGCACUUCAAUGUUAAACUAAAUCUAUUCAAUUGAACAAAAAUGUGUGCUGUGUGCUGGGUUGUGACUGAUCAAAAGAAUUUAGUUGCAUCAUAUUAGAUAGAUAUAGCAUAAGAGUAUAUCAUAUGUUGACAUUAGUUUAGUUGAUGAUGAUCAAAAUGCUUCACUUGAAAGGCUUAGCUUCUAUCUUUUGUAGUGUUAACACCUAAUUUUGUUUCACUUCCUUCUACCUUAUUUUUUAAUACAUACUUAUAUAUAUAUUAAACAAUUCAGAAUUAUGUUUA